CCCCUUCCCCUCCUCCAGGACCAUUGAUGCAGAUGGAGAUGAGAGGAUGAACCACGGCGGUGCUGCCGGUGCUGCUUCCCCCCCGACCCGGCCCUGAUGGAUCCCCCGGACCGGCCGGACGGGCCCGGGUCUCCCCGGGACCAGGACCCGGCCCCCGGGGCCGACAGCCGCGGUCCGUGGAGCCGCUUCUCCGCGUGGCUCGAGUGCGUCUGCGUGGUCACUUUCGACCUGGAGCUGGGACAAGCCAUCGAGCUGGUCUAUCCCCCGGACGUGAAGCUCACGGAGAAGGAGAAAACCAGCAUCUGCUACCUGUCCUUCCCCGACUCGUACUCAGGAUGCCUUGGGGACACCCAGUUCAGCUUCAGGCUGCGUCAGUCCGUGGGCCGCCGGGCCAGCCGGCUCAGUGCCAACGUCUACAACAGGGACGCCCCGGCGACGCUGCAGAGGGAAUCGUCCCACUUCCUGGGCUUCGUCUACUUCCGGCAGGUGAAGGACGUCUCUGUGAGGCGGGGCUACUUCCAGAAGUCCCUGGUCCUGGUGUCCCGGCUGCCGUUCCCCCACCUGUUCCACGCGCUGCUGCAGGUCGUCGCGCCCGAGUUCUUCGAGAAGCUGGAGCCGUGUCUGGAAGCAGUCUGCCACCAGAUGGACCAGUGGCCGCCGCCGGAACCCGGACUGACCCUCAACCUGGCCGUGAUGGGCGUCGUCCUGCAGGUGAGGAUCCCUUCAAAGACGGACAAACCCGGAGGAAGCCCGGUCCGCCAGGCGACUUCAGAGAACCUGCUGCUGGCGCCGACGCUGCUGCCGAGUCUCCAUGAGCUGGACCUGUUCAGGUGUUUCCGGUCCGUCCUCGUCCACCUCCAGAUGCUCUGGGAGCUCACGCUGCUCGGGGAGCCGCUGGUCGUCAUGGCGACGUCGCCGACCUCCUGCUCCGAGACGGUUCUGGCUCUGAUCAGCUGCAUCAGCCCGCUGAGGUUCUGCUGCGACUUCCGUCCGUACUUCACCAUCCACGACAGCGAGUUCCGGGAGUUCACCACCCGGACCCAGGCCCCCCCCAACAUCAUCCUGGGCGUCACCAACCCGUUCUUCAUCAAGACCUUCCAGAGCUGGCCGCACGUCCUGCGUCUGGGGGACGGGAGGGCGGCAGGUGACCUACCGAAGCAGGUGAAGGUGAAGAAGUUGUCCAAACUGAAGACUCUGGACACCAAACCAGGAAUGUACACGGCCUUCAAGACCUUCCUGCACAAGGACAAGAUCCUCAUCAAGAGGCUGCUGAAGGGCAUCCAGAGGAAACGGCCGUCGGAGGUUCAGAGCGCCAUCUUGAGGAGACACUUGCUGGAGCUGACGCAGAGCUUCAUCAUCCCGCUGGAGCGCUACAUGGCGGGCCUGAUGCCGCUGCAGAGGUCGGUGACACCCUGGAAGACUCCGCCCCUGAUCCGGCCCUUCAGCCAGGACGAGUUCCUGUCCACUCUGGACCAGACCGGACCUCAGCUCACCUCGCUGCUGCGGGGAGACUGGCUGGGGUUGUACAGGAAGUUCUUCCGGUCCCCGAACUUUGACGGCUGGUACCGCCAGCGACACAAGGAGAUGACCCAGAAGCUGGAGAGCCUCCACCUGGAGGUCAUCUGUGACGCCGACCUCCCCUUGUGGACCAAGGACAAGUCUGAGGUGGAGGUGGUGGACUUGGUGCUGAAGCUCCGGGAGAGACUGAAUAAAGCUCGGAAGCAGAAGCUGCAGGUCAGAGAGGGCGUCUUGGAGAAGCUGGACGGGUUUGUGAAGAACACGGUCGGGUCGCUGCCCCCGGACCUGCAGACGGUCCUGAACACACACUAGCGCGUACGCACACGCACACACCACAGGAGUGAACCCGAACCUUGACCGAAGGUUCUGCUGCGGCGGCGCCGGACCUCUGCAGACCCGACCGGGUCAAAACCCUCGACACGGCUCAACCCGUCGCCGUGGGAACCAGCAGCAGCAGUUCCUGCACUGACCAGCGGGGGCCCCGUGACCCAUGUGACUCUUUGUGUCUUUGGUCCAGUAAAACUUUAUUGAAUCACUAAUUCAAGCGUGUUUAUUUGGGG